CACCAUGUGCGCAACACGUAGCCUGUUUUGCUGAGUAUUUCGACAACAAUCGCUCGCACCUGGUCACCAGCAAACUCCGUAACUUUUUCUCGAAACCGCAGGAGUUUUGUAGAACGAGUUUUGAGAAAUGCCAACUCGAAGAAGGGUUGAAAUACAAGGCGUACUGUGAAACGUUACCGAGAUGGG